UUCCUCCUCCUCCUCCUCCUCCUCCUCCUCCUCCUCCCCCUCCCGCGCCCAGUGGUGGCUCCCGGUGGUGGCGGGGCCAUGUCGGACACAUGGAGCUCGAUCCAGGCCCAUAAGAAGCAGCUGGACUCGCUGAGGGAGCGGCUACAGCGGCGGCGGAAGCAGGACCCGCUGGACCCCCGCCAUGCCGACCUCUCCCUCGCCGCCCCCCCCCGCACCUCCAGCCCGGCCCCCCCCGCCCCCACCCCAGGGCUUACAACGGCCGCCGCGACGGGGGUUGGGGGUUCGGGUACCCCCACCCCCACCUCGACGGCGCCGGGGGGAGGGGGUGGGGCGUCGGGGGGGGUUGGGGGUAACGUCAGCCCCCCCGGCGUCGAGCUGACCACCGACCCCGCCCUGGAACGACGUCUCCUCCUCCACCUCGCCGACCUCGCCCUUCCCCUCCCCACCGAUGCGCUCUCCAUCUGCCGCGCCAUCGCCACCCCCGACGCCCCCGUCACCCAACGCGGGGUGGAGAGUUUGCUGCAAAAAUUCGCGGCGCAAGAAUUGAUCGAAGUGAGGCGGGGGUUGCUUCAAGACGACCCGUCCCAACCCACCUUGGUCACCUACGCCGAUCACUCCAAGCUUUCCGCCAUGACCGGCGCCGUCACCGAAAGCGGGGGGAACCCCGUAAAAGAUCAAGCGGGGAGGAAAAGGAGAGCGGAACAAGACGGCGGCGGGUCGUCGAGCAUGGCGGCGACGGGAGGAGGGGAAACGGGGAAGGAGGCGAUGAAAAAAUCCCGGAAACAAGCGUCCGACGUGGAUUUGGAGAUUGAGAGUUUGCUCAGUCAGCAGUCAACCAAGGAGCAGCAGAGCAAAAAGGUGAGCCAGGAGAUCCUGGAGCUGCUCAACACCACCACGGCCAAGGAACAGUCCAUCGUGGAGAAGUUCCGGUCGCGCGGCCGCGCCCAGGUGCAGGAGUUCUGCGACCACGGCACCAAGGAGGAGUGCGUGAAGGCCACCGGCGCCGAGCGGCCCUGCCGCAAGCUCCACUUCCGGUGGGUCGGUGGGCCUUCCUCCGUGACCCCCGUGGUCUUCCUCCGCCCGUCUCCUUCCUCGUGGUCUUCCUCCGCCCGUCUCCUUCCUCGUGGUCUUCCUCCGCCCGUCUCCUUCCUCGUGGUCUUCCUCCGCCCGUCUCCUUCCUCGUGGUCUUCCUCCGCCCGUCUCCUUCCUCGUGGUCUUCCUCCGCCCGUCUCCUUCCUCGUGGUCUUCCUCCGCCCGUCUCCUUCCUCGUGGUCUUCCUCCAUCCAUGACCCUGUGGUCUUCCUCCAUCUCCUCACAGUCUUCCUCCACCUUCUCAUGGUCUUCCUCCACACAUCUCCUUCCUCGUGGUCUUCCUCCCUCCAUCUCUUCAUGGUCUUCCUCCCUCCGUCUCCUUCCUCAUGGUCUUUCUUCCUCCAUCUCCUCAUGGUCUUCAGCUUCUUGAGGUCUUCCUCCACCCAUCUCCUUCCUCAUGUUCUUCCUCCAUCCAUGACCCCAUGGUCUUCCUCCAUCUCCUCAUGGCCUUUUCUCCCUCCAUCUUCUCGUGGUCUUCCUCCCUCUACUCCACAACUCGCCCCAGACCCCCGAAAUCCUCCCAAAUCCCCCCCAGACCCCCCAAAUCUCUAUCACCCCUAA